UGGACUUGGUAAGAAACAAUGGUGAAGCAGAGGCCAUCAAAGCACCAAUCCAUAAAAGAGUACAUUGGCCAGAAAUAGCAGACAGAGCAUGGCAAGGUGAAUUGGAUUGCUUCAAGAAUGAGCCAAAGGGACAGAGCUUUCAUGAGCUAGAGAGGAUGCAGUCUCCUAGGUUACUGGCAUCUCAUCUCCCAGCUAAAUUCAUGCCUGAUGAUGUUAUCAAGGGGAAAUGUAAGACCAUCUUAGUAAUACGGAACCCAAAAUCUGUGAUGGUCAGCCUUAUGUUCAUGUUGAAUGGAUUUGGGCCGAAAUUCACUGAUCACAUUACAGUAGAUAUUAUGAUGAACUCAUUGAUGACUGACACUGGUAGUAAAGCAUUAGAGGGUACUUGGUUUCAACAUGUUGAAUUUUGGAUGAA